CUUUUAUUGCCCGCUGAUGUUCCGAGGCUCCCUAGCCAUAUAUGGACUAGCGCGGCAGGAGACAUCUGCCCGCGAACCGUCAACCACCUAAGCUUCUUCCCUCAGGGGGUUUCCUUGAUACCCUCGAUUCCAUUCUUGAGACUCUUAUUUUUUUUUUCUGAUACCUUCUCACACUCGUUUAUAUCAUUUUUUAAAUCUGGUGUGCUAUAUAUCCCGAAGUAGCAUUGGGAUUGCGUACUUCUUUCUUUUGGUUCCACCAUGGCACCCAGAUACAAAGAUGGGGAUGCCGUCGCCAUUGUGAACGGAAAAUGGGUGUCGUGGGCUCACACGUUCUUUGCCUAUGCAGCCUUUCUGAGUGCGCUGGUAGUCGGCAUGAGCUUGCACUUCAGAAAAAUUGUCCAAAACGAACACUACGGCUACCCAGAUGAAUGGUUCCCAUCGGUAUCAGCGACAAUCGGCGAUCGCUACCCCGAACGUUCUUUCUUCCAAGUUUUCAUCGCAAUCACUUCUGGUCCUCGAUUUGCUCUCGUUUUUCUCUGGUAUCUCCUCACUGCGCGUCCGCACUCGAGGCUCCCCAAGUUCGUGGCGGGAACCGGUCUACUUCGAACCUUUAUGUGUGGUGGUUGGACAUAUGUCACGUCGACGGAUGAUCACGACUGGCACGAUAUAUUUAUGAUUUCUUACCUCGUUGCGACUCUGCCGUGGACUGUUGGGUGUAUCGCACUGAGCCCCAACAACCGCCGUGCUGUCAAAUACCGCAAGAUCAUAGCUGGCACUUUUUUCGGUACAUUGGUGCCAUUGGUCUACUUCUUCAUUCAACACAAGGUGCACAAGAUCGCUGGUGCCUACACCAUAUACGCCUUCUUUGAAUGGUCUCUGGUCCUGACUGAUGUGGCCUUCGAUGCGGUCACAGCUCUUGAUUUUGAGGGAUUCGAACUUGUCGUGAGGGAUGUUAAGGGAGUCAGCAGAGGGUAUGUACAAUGGCUUCCGAAGUGAUAACAAGAAAAUGUACAUCGCCAUUGUGACUAGAUGGUUUUAUUGUGAAAAGAGCAUUUCUAAGUUCAGAUUAAUAGGCAGCUAAAGACAGCCACCGAUGCCGUUCUUGAGAAAAAGUUUGAAGGGCAGCCCCGUCGCGAACACGUUUGGGGAGGGAUUUUUCUGGACGGAGGUCAUGGAUGCAGCCGCUGACGUCUACAAUGCGUUCGUUUUCUGGUCGAUGCUUACUUCCAUUUCUCUGCUGAUUUGGUAUUUCCCCCUUUGGCAUAUGGGCAUCUCUGGCUACGAAGCAACCAUCUUAGUCUGCAUCUCGCCGUUCCUUCUACUAGUUCCCUCUUUGAGGUCUGCAGCGACCAAGAACCUUCGCCUACUCCAUCUUCUCUCGCUGUCCGGACUCCUGGCUUACAAAGUUCACGAGCCCGUUGGCCGGCUUCUUGUGAACACUUUCUCUGUUGGCUGGGGUUUCCUUGCAUGGUCAGCGACUUUCUACGCGGAGAGAGCGCAGACGACUCGACUAGAGUCUCGUAUCACAGCAUGGGCAAUUGGCUUUAUUAUGUCUACCGUUGCCAAGUUUGCAUUCAGAACGAACAAUCCUAUCUGGCCCACCAUGCAUGCAGAGAACGGAGGAUGGAAUAAACUAGGCCUCUUCCUCGCAGUAUUGGCUGUUCUUAGGUCCACGAGAAGCUCAAGAGUCAGUGGAGGGGAUUAUCUGCCCGCAGGAGGUAAGAAUGGCUCGUCCGUCCUGGCCGGAAUUAGCCUUGGAGGCCUCAUUUUCGCACUGCACUCUCUCCUGUCCGACUCGAGCACUAUGAUCUCUUGGGUUUGGGAAGGAUAUCCUGUAAGAGGACCAAUUGCUGUGCCCCACGGUGCGCUGACGAUUUUCAUGAUGGGUGCUGGUCUUGUCUAUGGCUUGUUCCAUCCUACCGUUGCUAAAAGCUGGACUGCAUUUGGAAUCGGCUCACUGGGUGCUGCAUUCCUCACCUGCAAGAGUCACUGGACGGGGUUCUAUGGUGGUCUCACACUUGCCUUUUAUCUUUUCGCUGUGACACCUGUGUUGUUGUCUUCAGCCGUCCGUCAUCCCCCUGGCAUUACCUUCGGCAUUGGGUCUGUCGUAUACAUUUUCCUGGUCUUGUUCCACGUGUGGGUGGUUGCCUACGCCUUUGUCCCAGGCGGACAUCUUGUCAGGGAACACACGGAUUGGAUUAUGGCCACCAUGAUGCUCGCAAUCGGAGCCGGAGUCUUCUCUGCCUCAAUCUCGAAGCCCCCCCGCUCCAAAGCCAAGCCUAUCGUCAAUCCUAACGGCAGAAGGCAACGGUCGUAUUAUGUCUAUGUUCUCGCGGCGUUACAGCUUCUCUCCGUUUCAAUAGCGUAUCUCCGCUUCCCAACGAACGACUACACUCCAUAUCACAAGGAUGACAAGGUUGCAACAUUCGGAAUUUGGACCAUCCACUUCGGCCUUGACAAUGACAUGUGGUCUUCGGAGCUUCGCAUGCGUGAUGUUAUCAAAGAACUCGAGAUUGAUGUGAUCGGUCUCCUAGAGUCGGACAACCAGCGUAUCAUCAUGGGUAAUCGGGACGUAACCCAAGUUCUAGCCGACGAGCUUGGCAUGUAUGCAGAUUUCGGCCCUGGCCCUAACAAGCACACAUGGGGCGCUGCUUUGCUUUCCAAAUUCCCAAUUCUGAACUCCACUCACCAUCUUCUUCCAUCUCCUGUUGGUGAAUUGGCACCAGCAAUCCACGCAACUCUCGAUAUGUACGGUGAGAUGGUUGAUGUCGUAGUCUUCCACUCCGGUCAAGAGGAAGAUCCUGAAGACCGUCGUCUUCAGACGGAAUACCUGUCUGACUUAAUGGGAUCUUCUCCACGCCCGCUGGUCUUGAUGAGUUACCUGGUCACGAAACCUCUUGAAGGCAAUUACAAUACCUACGUAAGUGAGCGGAGUGGUAUGAAGGAUAUUGAUCCUACCGAUUGGGACAGAUGGUGCGAGUAUAUUCUUUACAAGAAGCUGCACCGGACUGGAUAUGCCAGGGUUAGCCGGGACACUAUCACAGACACAGAGAUCCAGGUUGGCAAAUUCGUUAUUGGUGAGCCAGAGCCCGAGGAAGAAAUCAGGCUUCCCGAAGAGAUGGUACCCCAAGGUCGUCGGUUCCCUUCCAUGUUCCGCGGCCAGGGCGUCCGUGGUCACAGAUACCACGUCUUUGAUGAACCAAGAUACUGGCAAUAAAUAUCCUAUGCGUCCAUUGCUCUCCUGAAUAUCUUAGGGCAGUUUUUCGAUUGGAUUGCUUCUACAAUCUACUCUUGCUAUUAUGAAUAUGUUGGCAUAAUUGCUAUCAUGAUCACCCUGUUACAUGACCCUCCGCUUAACAAUUUCCCGGGUAUUGCCCUACAUCUCCAGCGCAUUUUCCACAAACUGAAUGGAUUCCUGCUGAAAGGGAGUUUACCUUCUUCGGUGUAUAAAGAUUUUUUUUUUGUUCCGUCAUGGCUAGAUUCAAAAUGGAAGAGUUUGUUCGUUUCAAUUCAUCUCUCUUUUACUAAC